AUGGCUCCGCGCUCCUACUCCAAGACCUACAAGGUCCCUCGUCGUCCAUACGAGUCGGCACGUCUUGACUCCGAAUUGGAAAUUAUUGGCAAAUAUGGCCUCCGCAACAAGCGCGAAGUCUGGCGUGUUCAGCUUACCUUGUCCAAGAUUCGACGUGCUGCUCGUGAGCUCCUCACUCUUGACGAGAAAGACCCUAAGCGCCUGUUCGAGGGUAACGCCUUGAUUCGCCGUCUUGUCCGUGUUGGUGUGCUCGACGAGUCCCGCAUGAAGCUCGAUUACGUCUUGGCUCUCAAGGUCGAAGAUUUCUUGGAGCGCCGUCUUCAGACCCAGGUGUACCAGCUCGGUUUGGCAAAGUCUAUCCAUCACGCUCGUGUCCUCAUCAAGCAGCGCCACAUCCGUGUUGGAAAGCAAAUUGUCAAUGUCCCUUCUUUUGUCGUCCGUCUCGACUCUCAGAAGCACAUUGAUUUUGCUCUUACCUCGCCGUUCGGUGGCGGACGCCAUGGUCGUGUCCGCAGAAAGCAGUUCAUGGGGUGGUGA